ACGUAAACCAAAAUAAAGCGGCUAAACCAAGAACGCUUUUUCAUCCCAAUCCGUAUCGACCAGAAUAGACCGAGAGAUGAAGAGAAAAUGAAGAAAACUAGUUUCAAGAUCAUUCACCCUCUGUUUUACCGAAUCUCUUGGCCCACCACAUGAGUUUUGAACCUGUGGUUGGCGUCGGAAAAAACGCGGACGAUCCCGUGCUCUUCUAUGAGCAGGAACACCGAUGAACAAGCCAGGGAGAACUCUCCUUCAUCUACCUUUCCCCAUGAAUUAUACAGUGCUCGCUAGUUCUCCGACCUGUGGCCCGACCCGAAGGCGAGCUCGAUCAUUUAUAUGAUCCUAAAGUAUGCCUACAGCCAAAAGUCUAAUUUCAGUCUUGAACUGCAUCCCCAAGCAACAUGUGGCAUCGUGUGAAUGUCUUCUUCUCGCUUUGGGUGAUCUCCGCUCAAGCUCAAUUGGGGGAGAUCUCGGUGGCACCUCUGGGUCAUCGGAAUAUUCCAACGGGGGCCAAGACGUACAAAACCGAAAAAGCUCCAACCACUCCACAAGUCAACCCAUAUCUUGUCAACUUUAGCCAGAUAUCAAACUUGUUGCAAGGUGUAGCCCCGAUAUUGAUCCCCGAUCUUCAAAAAUCCGGUGGUCAGCCCUUGAGCAAUGUUGCUGGAGGGACCAAGUCCUCCCCAUCAUCUGGCCAGACAAAGGAUCCGAUUCUCAAAAGUUCCGACGAGCACUUGGUGACCGUAGAUUUAUGCUAUUACUUUGGAUAUGACUUCCAAGACAGUCAUGUCCGUUGUGAUACACGGUGGAAUCCCAACUCACCAGGACCCAUCCGAGAUCUGUACACUGCCCAAAUCGAUUAUCUCAACGAGCUCACCCUCGUUGCCAAUCAAUACCUGAAUCGAGUGGACCAGGAUUGGAGUGUGAAAAACGACAAUUUCCUGUUGACCUGGAGAGGUGCUUGGAAUCGAUCUGAUUAUUUCUUGAAUUAUCCGGAGAACUCGCAACAAGAGCGCCAAAGCAUUGGUGGCGAUAUCUAUGUCAAUCGUAAUUACGGUUGCGAUGUAAACAUCUUCAUGCACUUCAACACCUACGAGGAUUGCUUCUCCUCCACUUCUACUGGGCAGGAACACUCAGGGAUUGCCAGUGGAGCCGCUUGUGAAAGCCAAUUUGGUAAUGGAUACGCCAAAGUGGUCGAUCAAGGCUACUUGGACGGAUAUUGGGUGGGUCCCCAAAUCUUGGCCCAUCACAUUCUUUUGCUACUGACCACUGAUUUGUAUGUGAACGGCUACCAAGAUACUUAUUUGACCCCGGAACAACUUAAUCAACUGCCCCCAUUGGGACAAUAUCCUCAAAAUUGUCCCAAUCCGUCGUCUCUACUUCAUUCAGAGAUCUAUUCAGGACAACAAUGGCGAGGCGAUUGCAUUGGUGAACGUCUCCAGACUUCCAGGAUUCCCAUUCGACCCUGUUUGCAUGACUAAAUGAGGCCAGUCGAAAAAGAACUGUGCGAAAUUUAACUAAAUUAAGGCAUUUUCUGUAUUGUGUCCUUAUGAUCAAAAGAAUAAAUUUAGAACCGAGAACU